UAUCCGCGAAUCGUGAUCCCCAAAUAAUCCCACCCUCGAUCACGUCAGCCGCGAUGAGCCGCCGCUCUCCUUCCGAGCUUAGCUGCUGGCCUACUCCUCCGGCAACCAUAAUUCCCAAGUCCCACCCCCUACCACCGUGUUGUCCGGAUCGAGCCACCGGUCCUUCUUCGGCCGUCCGGCCCACUCCUCCGGGCGUGUCCGGCCGUGCGGGAACCCGUCCACCGGCCGCCCUCUCCUCCGGAACCAGCCGCCCCGACUGCGUCCUCCUGGACUCAUGUGGGCAUGGCUUCGUCGACGUGGACGACAACCACACUACCGCUCAAGGCUUCUCGGAGGCGACAGGAACCAUCCGUGUGACCUUCGUUAUCUCCGAUCUCCCGUGCCUCUCGCGCUUCUACGUCCGCUGCCUGGACCUCACAACCAACCCCUUCAUCACUGAGCCCAAGAUCGUCUGUUCGACGGAGCACCUCGCUCUCCUCAGCUUCCAUCUGUCCACUUCCUGGCUGCCAGAGCACUUCAUCUACAGGGCCGGACGGAACGGGCGUCCGCCAUCGCUUGACGCGCUUCCCGACAUCAGCAGGUACCUCGCUAGAGAGAAACUCCCACCAUGCCUCAUCGGCGUCUUGCCUGACGGCAGCGGCACGGACUUCGUCUUGGCAGCUUUCACGAGGGAUAGAUUGCAGUACAAACUCCAUAUCUUCAGAUCCAAGCAGCGUGCCUGGACCAUAGAGCUGCUGUUCCCAGAUCUUCCUCCUUGGCUGAUUAAGAGAAGGGGAAUCGUUGCUCCCAGGAAGGUGAUUGCUUUACAAGGUGGAGUGCUGGGCUUUGUUGAUCUCUGGAAGGGUAUCUUGUUUUGCGAUGUGUUAUCUGAACUUGUGAAAACGUGGUUUGUUCCACUGCCCAAGCUUCUGCCCAAUAACCGAGGAAACUACGACAGAUUGGCGGCACGCCCCAUUCGCGAUGUAACCUGCCCCGAUGGUUUGGUAAUCAGGUGUGUCGAGUUGGAAGAUCUGUAUGCUAUCACAACCAGCAUUCCUGAUGCCUCGACCAAGGAUCUGUUAUAUGAUUUUGAUGCGGUUGAUCCAAUUGAGGAGAAGGAAGUAGAAGAGUUUGUUGGUUGGAGGCUCAUUACAUGGUCUAGGGAGGUCUUUUGGGACUAUUGGUGCAAGGACAGUGUGGUUCAUGUAGAUGAACUUGGAAAUGUCGCCUUGCCUCAUCCAGAUUCCGGCUGCCAUGGUGCUGAAAAUUUGCCAUUAAAAACCCUGGAAACAUCUUACCCAACCGUGUGUGGUGAUGGCAUUGUUUGUCUCAUGUCCAAGAAAAAUUAUCGGGACCAUGAUGCAUGGAUUCUCACUGUUGACAUGAGGACCAAGAGAGUGGGAGAGCCAGUGCCAUUUAAUGCCAAGAGAUCAUCAGAUCGUAAUCCCACCUAUAUUCCUUGUGCGUUGGACAAAUAUCUGAUCAAUAACGAAUCAGAUAUAGCUCAGGUUGGUGUGCAAGAUGCUCGUUUUGGUGGACAUUUUUCUCUUCAGUUGCCCCUUCAAAACUCGAGCAGGGACAGUAAUAUUUCCCAACUGAAACGGCAGAGACUGUUGUCCCCGCAGAAGUCGAACAACCAUCCUAAUGCUUACCAACAGACGCGGCAGACCAUUGAUUCAGAUGAGCCGACCGGCUCAUGUAGUUCUCAUCAGAUAAUACGUGAGAUUUUUAAUGCUAAUGUACGAUGGGAAAAGUGUCCGAACCCACCAGAUUGUCUGUUCCGUUUGAUGGGGGCUAGAGUUGAAAGGGGGUGGGUGGGGGUGGGCGGGGUAAAAUUCCCAACCAAUCCCCUCGGUGGUGGUGAUUAGCCAAAGAAGGCUUGAAGGUAACUAGCAGGUUUGUGUACGGCGGCACGUCGCGCUUCACUAAUACAUCUACAUAUAAAUUUAUAUAUAUUUGGCUCAAAUGUGUUCGUAUUUAUUUUUGUCUUGUUGAAUAAGUCUUGUCUUGAAUCAAGAAGGACAAGAUGUUACUUCAAAAAAAAAGGAGAAGAUGUCACUUAAAAAAAGAAGGAGAAGAUGUCUUAAAUUUUGCUCUAGCCUACGACAUGAUCGUAGCUAUCAUCCUUUUUAAGAAGAAAGAAUCACAUCUAGUGUGCGUGCUUGGAUUGUAAGGGAGUGUUGUCCCUCGGUAUAAGCUUGUGGUUGCUGACGCAUUUGGAUUCAUGUCCAGCAGGAAAAGCAUGUCAAAGUCGCUAGAACGUAGUGAUGGAAGCUUAAGGGGAAGAUCUUGUACAUCUUGUGUGUUGAUCAUCUUGAUUACUCUUUGCUUA